GCCAAGCAGCGCCGAGCAGAGCUCCAAAAAGCCCGGGCCCUGCAGUCCUACUAUGAGGCCAGGGCUCGAAGAGAGAAGAAAAUCAAAAGCAAAAAGUUUCACAAAGUGCUAAAGAAAAGAGUCAAUAAGAAGGUUCUCAAGAAUUUUGAAGAAUUGCGGGAGGUCGAUCCCACCUCAGCCUUGGAAGAACUUGCAAAAAUGGAAAGGGCCAGGAUUCAGGAACGAAUGAGCCUCAAACACCAGAACAAAGGCAAGUGGGCCAAGUCGAAGGCUAUCAUGGCCAAGUAUGACCUGACGGCCCGAAAGGCAAUGCAGGAACAGUUGCUCAAGAACAAAGAAUUGACCCAGAAACUUAAGGUGCCCUCUGAUAGCGAACACGAUGAAGAUGCUGAAGAAGAAAACGGGCUCAUUCCUGACAUCGUGAAUGAAGUGCAGACAAGCACUGAUGGGCCGAAUCCUUGGAUGCAAAGAAAUCAUGGGAUCACCACCAAGGCCCCUCCGAUCCAAAAGGAGCCUCUUUCCAGUGAAGAGUCUGAGGCUGAGGAGGACAAAGAGGCCAAUGAAGAGGAAGAGGCUUUGCUGCAAGAACUUCUAGAAAGGCGAUCCCUUCGGAAAGGGUCAGAGGUUGACCAGGGCUCACAGAAGCAGGAAUUCAUGACAAAAGCCCCCAGGAGGACAGAGGAAACUGCGGAGGUGUUAGCUGAACUGAGAACCCUCUCUCAGCAAAUAAACAAGAAGGCCAAGAAGAGGCAAGAUGGAGAACAGAGUGUGAACUCAGUUUCCGCUGUCUCCGAGGAGCCAAGUGUCCAGAGAGAGGAGCAGCCCUUGCUAGAUGAGAGACCAGAAAGAGUGCAGACCAUGGAGGCCCUAGAUGCUUUGGGCUUGGAGGAAGCUGUUCAAGAACAGACAGUCCUCGGAACUGUAACAGAAAGGCAGCAGAAGCAGAAGCAGAAGCAGAAGCAGAAGCAGAAGCAGGAGCAUAGACCGUCUAAGCAGAAGAGUCCUUUAAAGAAGAAAAAGGAGCCCAUGGCUGAACUGCACACCAUCAUCAGUGGGAAAACCCACCAGGCAAACUCUUUGUCAGCUCCCACUGUUGUAGAAGAAGAGGACUGUGACGAGGAGGUAACCCAAAGGCAGAUAAUAAAGGAGGCCUUCUCGGGGGACGAUGUCAUCACUGACUUCCAGAAGGAUAAACUAGAAGCUGAGAAGGCAAGCAAGCCCAAAGAGAUUGACCUGAGCCUGCCAGGCUGGGGACAGUGGGGUGGCCCGGGCUUGGUGAUCAGUGCCAGGAAGAGACGCCGGUUUCUCGUCAAAGCCCCUAAAGGCUCUGCAAGGAAAGACCGGAGCUUGCCAAAUGUGGUCAUCAGUGAGAAACGAAACAUCCAGGCAGCAGCUCACCAGGUGAAUGUGCUUCCAUUCCCAUUUACCCACCAAGGUCAGUUUGAAGAGACCAUCAAGACGCCAGUGGGCACCACGUGGAACACACAAAGGGCCUUCCAGAAGCUGACCGCUCCUCGGAUUGUGACAAGGCCGGGCUACAUCAUUGAGCCCAUCAAAGAGAAAGAUGUUGAAUCUAGUCCUUCCCACUUGGGCCCACCUACCCUACAGAGGGAAGCACAACUGCAUGCCUACUCCCACCCCCGCCGGAACGGGAGGGGAAGGUGUUAAAGACAGUCCAUAGCUCAUCAAUUGAUCACACACACCCCACCCCUCCCCCUCCAGGAGAACUUGGCGGGCACUCGGUCCCUGGUGCUGUGCCACAGUGUCUGUGGAUGAUGAUGCCUCCUGGAAAUAAAGUAAACCUUUUAUA